AUGAAUCCUCCACGUACCUCCGAUUCCUCCGAAGUCCUCCAAAUCUUUCAUAGUCCCCUGGAUCCUCCAAAGUUCCCCCGAAUCCUCCCUCCAAGUCCCCCGAAUCUGAAAUACCAAGUCCCUCCGAAUCCUCCCACCAAGCCCUCCAAGUCCCCCGAAUCCUCCUCCCAAGUCCUCCAAAGCCUUCAAGUUCCUCCGAAUCUUCAGAGGCCCCUCCCCACCUCCAAUCCUCUAAAGUCCUCCGAAUCCUCCAAGUCCCCCGAAUCCCCUCCUCAUAAGUCCUCCAAAGAAUCCUUCAAGUCCUCUGAAUCUUCAGAGUCCCCUGAAUACUCCACGUCCUCUGAAUCCUCCAAAUCCCCCAAAUCCUUCCCUCCAAGUCUUCCAAAUCCUUUCAAGACCACUGAAUUCUUCCAGAGGUCCAAUGCAAUCCUCCAAGCCCCCAAAAUCCUGUCCCCUGAAUUCAUCCAACAUCCUGCUGAAUCGUCUAAGGUCCCUCGAAUCCUCUCCCCAAGUCCUCUGAAUCCUUCAAGUUUCUCUGAUUCUUCAGGAGUACCCAGAAUCCUCCAUGGCCCUCCCUCUGAAUCCUCCAAGUCCCCUGAAUCCUCCUCCAAGUCCUCCGAAUCCUCCAAGUCCCCCAACCCCAAUCCUCCCAUCCAAGUCCUCCGAAAUCCUUUCCCCCAAAUCCUCCAAAGUCCCCCUCGGAAUCCUCCAAGUUUCCCCGAAUCCUCCAAGUCCUCCUCAGAUCCUCCCAAGUCCUCUGAAUCCUUCAAGGUCCCCCAAAUCCUUCCAAGGUCCCUCCUAAUCCUCCCUCCAAGUCCGCCUGAAUCUUCAAAAGUCCACCUGGAAUCCUCCAAGUCCUCCAAAUCCUCCAAGUCCUACCGAAUCCCUUCAUGUCCUCUGAAUCUUCAUAGUCCCCCUGAAUCCCCUCCACUUCCUCCCAAGUCCCCCAAAUCCUCCUUCCAAAGUCCUUCCAAAUCCAUUCAAGUCCUCUGGAUUCUCCAAGAGUCCUCGAAUCCUCCAAGGCCCUCCAAAUCCACACUUUCCAAAGUUCCCUCCGAAUCCUCCAAGUCCCUGAAUCCUCUAAGUCAUCCGAAUCCUCCAAGUCCUCCGAAUCCCCCUCAAAUUCCCCUGAAUCCUUCAACGUCCUCCGAAUCCUCCCAAGUCCUCCAAAUCUUCAAGAGUUCCCCUGGAGGUCCUCCAAAGUCCCCCGAAAAUCCUCCCUCAAAGUCCUCUGAUUGCCUCCAAAGUACCCGAAUCCCUCCAGUCCUCAAGAAUCCUUCAAAGUUCGCUGAAUCAUCAAGAGGUUCCCUUAAUCAUCCUAAGUCUUCCGAAUCCCCUCCAAGUUCCCCCACGGAAUUCAUCCCUCCAAGUCCUCGGAAUCCUUCCAAGUCCCCCGAAUCCUCCCUCCAAGUCCCCCUGAAAUCUUCCAAGGUCCGAUGA